AUGGGCGCUGGGUCGAGUGGACGUCUGGGCAUCAUAGACGCAGCUGAACUCCCACCAAUGUUCAACGCAAACAACAUGCAGUACAUUGCUCUCAUGGCCGGAGGCGACGGAGCCCUCAGGACGGCCCGGGAGGCGAUCGAAGACUCGCGUGAGGCAGGACGAGCGGACUUGGAUGCCCUUUUGCCGACUUCUCAUGACGCGCUGAUCGGUGUGACAUCGUCUGGGCGUACACCGUAUGUUUUAGGUGCCCUACAGCGCGCGCGCGAGCUCGGUUUGCUGACCAUAGGGCUUGUUUGCGUUCGGCCAAGCGCAGUACGGAUGGAAAGGAACUGUACGGUGGUCGUCGAUCCUGUUACGGGUCCGGAGGUCAUCACUGGGAGCACGAGAAUGAAGGCCGGCACCGCUACCAAGAUGGCCCUCAAUAUGAUAUCUACAGGCGUUCAAAUAAAGCUGGGAAAAACAUACGGGAAUUUGAUGGUCGAUCUUACCGUGUCAAAUCACAAGUUGAUUUCUCGUGCUCGACGCAUUAUCCGCACCGUCGCAGCUGAAGUGGGGUUACCACCGUCAUAUGCAUCGAUAUUCACUGAUGACGAUCAGCUCGAUGCUGUUAUACGUCGGUGCGAUGGUAGUGUAAAGCUUGCUUUGGUUGUCGUUGUAUCAGGAUGGGGCAUUGAUUUGUGUAGGGAGGCACUCACACGAAGAGGAGGGGCUUUGAGAGCAGUCCUCGAAGACGUGAGAUUCGAGACAGCAUCGAGAGUUUUUAAGGUCUGA